CAUGUAGCUGCUGACAUCUCUUGGAAAUACCACCAAAAACUCAACCAGUCCAUCAUUGUGACAUUGUUCCAAGGGCAGUUUAAGUCCAUGGUUCGCUGCUUGUCUUGUGGUCAUUCAUCUGUCAAGUUUGAGGCAUUUAUGUACCUGUCAUUGCCUAUUCCUUCAUCCAGCCGCUGCACACUACAGCAAUGUCUGCAGAAAUUCUCAACUGAGGAAAAGUUGACUGGAGAUAAUGCUAUAUACUGUUCCAAGUGUAAAAGCAACAGGGAUUCUGCUAAGAUCAUCCUCAUCUGGAAGCUACCUCGUAUUCUCCUGAUUCAUCUUAAAAGAUUUUACUAUGAAGGAAUGUGGCGUCAGAAGCUGCAGACAGUGGUAGAUUUCCCACUGCAUAACAUGGACAUGUCACCUUACACAAGGGGUCCCAAACCAAACAAAUCAUACUACCUGUAUGCAGUCUCCAACCACAUUGGGACUUUGGAUGGAGGGCACUAUACAGCUUGCUGCCUGAAUGUGAAUAACAGCUGGUAUAAGUUUGAUGAUCAUGAAGUAUAUGAGGCAUCUCAAAAUAACAUCAAGAGUGCAGCAGCCUACAUCCUUUUCUAUUCUUCAAUGGACCAGUUUAUUCCCUAGAGCUAAAGCUCACCUGACAGCUUGUGCCAUGUUGCUUGUAAUACUCGUCCAUCUGUCAUGAGGGAGUAUUCAGAAUAAGGUUAUGUACAUUUUUUGACAUGAAACAUAGUAUAAAAACAACAAAAACCUAUAAAAUGCAGAGCUAAAACACUAAAUAAUUAUUUAUUCAACUAUCUACAAAGUUUGUGCCAACAUCUGUAGUGCACAUUUUAAAUGUCAUGUAUUUUUAAUGUGAAAUGGCAUUAGCUCAUGUAGUAAUAAUUGUGUACAGUAACAGAUCGAUUUCUUCCAGAUUCUGCACACUUGAUGUGAUCUGCAUUUCCUAAUAGUUUGUCAUGCUUUGUAUUACCAUUUACAUAUGGUUUCAACCUAAGCAAACCCUGGCUAAAAGAAAUCAGUUGAAAGUUCUAAUUAAACAGUGCUGCAAAUGUACAAACUGUUCAAGCAGCUUCAAAUCAUAAACAAAAUCAUCAUCAUGUGUUGGAAAUGGUUUGGGAACAGGAUCUUUGUCUUCAUAUUGUGAAGCAAAAUAGUGUGUGUUGCUGUAGAUGGUGUGGCCUUUCACCUGCUAAACAGCCAGCAAAAUAGUGUGUGUUGCUGUAGAUGGUGUGGCCUUUCACCUGCUAAACAGCCAGCCUCAAUAAGCCACUUAGCAAGUUAAAUUGAAUAAAAUCUGGUACACUCUGUUAUCUGAUUGCAUAGAAACGUAACAAUUUGAAUUCCCCAGA